AUGGCGAAAGCAGAGUACAUUGGAAAAGAUGGAUUUCAUUCCAGAAUGGUAGAAAAAAAUGAGGAUAUUGCAACGGACAGAUAUAAGCUUGGAGAUGUAUUUGAAAAGCAGCGACGUUUUGAGGGUUUCCUUGAACAUCAGAAAAGAGACGUGCCAGACUUUGAGACUAUGGCGGAUGAAGUUUCCAGGGAAGCAAACAGUGAAUCAUUUCAAAAAGAAAUCGACGAAUUGAAGGCCGCUCAUGCUAAAGAUCUUGAACAUUUAUACGACUUUAAUGCGAACGAGUAUAAAGAAUCGAUUCGGAUGCAAUACAUGGCUCAGGACUGUACUUGUCAAGACCCAGAAGCCUACGAAAUAGAAAGAGCGGCUAUAGCGGACCUUUUUGAGGCAGAACGACAAGGCCUCGUUAGUACCUGGGCAAAUCGUCACGAGCAGCUUCGCCACGCCUACGUUACCGCGCUUCUUGAUCUGCAAAACAAUAAAAUCAGUGCGGCACAGGACGAAUACAGGAACAAGUUAACGCUUGAACGAGCGUUCCCCUUGUCCAUAAUAGACUUCCAUACAAAGCCUGAAGAUUUCAAGUACCGAAUUGCAGUUUUCCUUACUUCGGACGAGACGAAAAAAACGGAGAUAAAGAAGCAGCAGCAAUGGAAUGAAGAGGAAGUGAAGAAUCUCUGCAACCUUUAUAAAACUGAUGUGAGAGAUCACUGCAGUGGGCGUUCUGGAAUCACAUUCACUAAUAGAACCUCCCUCCUCUCUAAAUAUCAGAAAAUGUUCGCGAGUGAUAUACAGGGCAUACUUGUCAAACACAAGAAUUCUAUACUUUCUCCAAAAAAGAGCACCAUCAAGAGGAAGCGUCCUGCUGCAGCAGAGUUAUGGUAG